AGUUUUCUUUGAGGACGUCUGCAAGCUCUUUGUAGCACUGCUGAAACUUGUGGGCUUCAAUAAUGGAUUAACCGUAGGGGAAUGCAGAGAUUACAGAUAACUAAAUCUUCCCACCUUCUAUAUAUCCAUGCUUAUAAGAAAAGAGAGGAGCUAACUUCUCCUGCGUCUCCCCGGCAUCAGCAGCUAUAUGCACAAGCAUAGAUCGGCGGUCCAUGGUACAGCCGAGCACCGGCAGAGCCAUCGACCGCCACACGCCUCAUCUGAGAGAUCCGCGACGAGUUAAGGCGACUGUUAACUCCAUGUCUCAGACCCCCACCAAGCCAAAAACCUGCAACCAGAAGAACGGGAAGAGCUUGGAAAGACCAAGUGAUGCGUUCGGUGUGCCAGGCUCUACUCGGUAUCUACUGGAUGAUGAAGCCGAUGAUGCCUACUUCAAUACCAUGUUGCCUGAUCUGGAACCUGUCCCUCCUCUUAUAUCCUUGGGGCCACCUUCUCUACGAGCUCUGAUGAGAGAAGAACAGAGAAGACCGAGGCCAUCUUCUGCUGCCAGAAGGCAAGACCAGGUUGUGGUGUUGAGGGUGUCUUUGCACUGCAAGGGCUGCGAAGGGAAGGUCAGGAAGCAUAUUUCGAGGAUGGAAGGGGUGACAUCGUACGACAUAGACUUCGCGACGAAGAAGGUGACGGUGGUCGGGGACGUGACGCCACUGGGAGUUCUGAGUAGCAUCUCUAAGGUGAAGCAUGCACAAUUCUGGCCAUCGCCACCCCGCGCACCGGCUUCCCUGUGACGAGAAAGGCUGUAAAAAGGAGAAUGUAGUGUCUGUAAAAAAGAAGAGAAGAUAUGUAGCGUGCAUCUUCUCGGAUGUUUGGUGUAGAGCAUGAUGAACCCGUGCGAUGGUGGUGCGUCUGGCAAAGAAAGGGAUGAUAGACUUGAUUCAUCUCCGUGUCAUUUUGGUCAUCAUGAAUCCCAUCUGUUCCUUAUCCACUAGAGAAAAAGAGAAAACUUGUUGGUCUGCCUGAUCACUAUAA